AUGUCGGCGAAGGCGGGCUCUGGCGUCUCGGUGAUGCGCUCCGAUCUCGACGCGUCGACCUCGACGGAGAAUGGUAAACUCGUGUCUACUCGCCUCGUCGGCUCCAUCGGCUGCCUCUCCUCGUGCGCCGGCUGCCUCUCCAACCGCUUCUGCAGCGUCCUUCUCUGCCCGGUGCUCGCGCUGUCGCACUGCCGAGAGGCGGCGGCGCAGAAGCUCACGCGCAAGCAAAAGCUGCGAAAGGCGAAGAAGCAGGAGCGGGGCGCGGCGAAUGCUGACCGGAGAGAAAUCAAGGCGGAACACGACGCGCACAAAGCGGAGCGCCGGCUGAGGGCGAAGGCCCUUUGGUGA